AUGAUAAAAUUCACACCCCUACCCGCACCACUUGCAGUCGACCCAGCCAAGACAGUUACCAAGACAGUUGACGCCGCCAAUGGCUUCCCCUGCAGACGAUGCCUCCGGGAUGGCAAAAUUGGUGAAGAAAUUUUGCUUGUCUCUUACGACCCCUUCCUCGGCGUGUCCCCAUAUACGGGACCCGGCCCCAUCUACGUCCACCGAGACUGCGAGCGUUAUGAAUGCAAUGGCACCGUGGCGGACCAGCAGCGACGUCGCUUGCUUGCGGUUCGUGGCUAUAGCAAGGAUCAUAUGUUGAUGGACUUUGUCGUGACUCAGGGGAGUGAGCUGGCGGAGAAAGCAGAGGGACUCUUUCAGAACAAGGAUGUGGGUUAUCUCCAUGCCUACUAUGCCGGACCGGGGUGUUUUGCGGUACGGAUUGAUCGGGUCUAG